UGUCUCAGCCAGGCCAGCCCGGGGAUGCUGGCAGGCAGCCCAAGAAAAAGAAGAGAAAGAAACCCAGGAAGCAGGCUGAGAAGACGAAUGCUCCUUCAGUCAAACAGGUGGUGCCUAAUGCCAAUAAACCAAAUCCAGGAAAGAAAGCAGCCCCUCAAGCCACCAAAUCGCCCCCGAAGGGUGUUACACAGAGCGAAAAUGAGAGUUUGGUUACAGGGAGCAAAAGCGAACUUGGUUCCCCGUCUUUUUCCGCAAUGAAUCUCUUGCGUCAGAGACUACAUGAGAAGAUCAAAAAAGCUUCUGGACAAGAUGCUGCUGAAGAAUUGCCCCCUGCAGUCCUGGAGAAGAGGCAGCGAAGGAAGUAUGAGAGGGAGAGAAAGAAGCGCCGAAGAAAGGAGUUGAAGAUGAAGGCAAAAAUAAUGGUGAAGAAGGAAACUGAGGAGGCGCCGGUAGAGCCGGAAAGCAAGCAGGAGGAGAGCACAGCUGAGAUAGUCUUUAACACGGUCAAAGUCCAUGAAGAGAACGAGUUGAGCAAGAUCGAGAAGAAGAAGGAGAAGAGGAAAGCAGUGAAGGGCAAUAUCACGCCUCUGAUGGGCAGAAACUACAAGCAGCUGCUGAGCAGGCUGGAAACCAGGAAGAGCAGGCUGGAGGAACUCAAGGAUAAGGACCAGAACAAAGCUCAGGAGCUGGAGAAGAAGAUGAAAUGGACCAAUGCUCUCUACAAGGCGGAGGGCGUGAGGAUUCGUGAUGACGAGGAGCGCCUGAAAGAAGCUCUGAAGCGCAAGGAGAAGCGGAAGGCGCAGCGCCAGAGGCAGUGGGAGAAGCGGACAGAAAAAGUGGUGGAGAAGAUGCAGCAGCGGCAGGAGAAGCGUCGCAAGAACAUUCAGAAGAAGAAGAAGGAUCGGGUGGAGAAGAAGAAGGCCAGGGCCCGGAAGAAAGGCCGUGUUCUGCCCGAGGACUUGAGGAAAGCUGGCGUGAAGUGA